GCUCUGCCAUCCUCUCGUCGGGUCUGCUGGGUUGGCUCCAGGGGGCGGGGGCAGCGAUCGGUCAGGUCUGGGUCCAACAUGGCGGCUGUGGCGAGCACCAACCCCUCUCAGCUCCUGCCGCUCGAACUUGUGGACAAAUGCAUAGGCUCACGCAUUCAUAUUGUGAUGAAGACUGAUAAAGAAAUUGUUGGAACGCUUCUAGGAUUUGAUGACUUUGUCAAUAUGGUGUUAGAAGAUGUUACAGAAUUUGAGAUUACACCUGAGGGCAGAAGAAUCACAAAGCUAGACCAGAUUUUGCUAAAUGGAAAUAACAUAACAAUGCUGGUUCCUGGAGGAGAAGGGCCUGAAGUAUGAAUUGAUGCAGUUGUUGUCUGUGAAGACAUUUUUAUAUAUAUAUACAUAUAUAUGUAUGUAUAUAAUCUAAAUAGAGCUUCUGGGGUAUGGGUGUGUGUGGGUUGUUGGUUUGUUUAUUUUGUUUGCACACUCUUGUGGUUGACAUUUGAUAAAAGACAAGUGUUUCCUCUUCAGGAAAGGUGCAUUGCUAGUGAUGAUGCUGACUUUGUACGUUGAAAUCGUGACUUUCUUGUAAAGAUGCACUAAUCUGUUCUGAAUAAAAGGCUUUCAUUUUGUUA